AUGAAUUAAUAGAAUUCUACAAACAACCAAAAUUUAUUGGAUACUACUAUCAAAACUCGUUAAAAUAGAUAAUUAAAAGUUAUAAGCUUGUUGAGAGUAGGAAGUGAUGAAACUUUGUAUAAAGCAUAAUAUAUACAUGACCCAAACCCAUGCCCUAAAGAAUUUAUCUUGAAAUCUUAAAAAACAAUGAGUGAAUCCUAAAAAGCUUUCAUUAAGAAUAUAAUGUAGACUUAAGGAUAGUCUGACACAGGUAUUGUAACUAUUGAAGAAGUUAUUGAAUUUGAAUAACAACAAAAUUAUAUAUUAUUAAUGGAAAUGGGAACAAUCAAUUUACAUGAUUACAUCAAAAAUUAAUCAACUCUAACAAUAGAAAAAAAAAUUUAAAUUUGCAAUAAUGUAAAUAUUAUGUAAAUUCUUAGCUUUUUACACCUAUUAAUUUUAUGCAUUCUCAAAAAUUUUAUCACAAAGAUCUCAAACCAGAGAGCUUUGUUCUUAUAGAGAAUAGAUUUAAAUUAAUUGAUUUCGGGUUAAUGAUGAAAGGAUAUGAUUAAAAUAACAGUCACACUAUACAAGUUGUAAAAACUGUAUACUCAGCUCCAGAAAUAAUUUUCCAAAAAUAUGAAUAUUCUGAAAAAGUAGACUCUUGGGCCUUGGGUUGUAUAAUUUAUGAGAUUUUUUCUGGAAAGUCAUUUUUUGUUAGAUGUAUCAAAUCAUAUCUAAAAUAUUAGAUGAAAGUGUAGAAGAUUUAAAAUAAUAAAUCUAAAUGUAUUAAUAACAAUAGGAUUCAUAUCAUAAAAAAAUUGACUAAUUACAAAUACCUGAAUAAAUUUAAAGAACCUUGAAGUAAAUGUUAGACCCUAACCCAUAAAAGCGUAUAUCGAUUUUGGAAGCCUCAGAAGCAUUUAUAAACAAAUAAAAAAAAACUCAAACAAAUCCAGUAUUAUAAACUCAAGCAAAUCCAGUAUUAUAAACUUAAACAAAUCCAGUAUUAUAAACUUAAACAAAUCCAGUAUUAUAAACUCAAACAAAUCCAGUAUUAUAAACUUAAACAAAUCCAGUAUUAUAAACUCAAACAAAUCCAGUAUUAUAAACUUAAACAAAUCCAGUAUUAUAAACUCAAACAAAUCCAGUAUUAUAAACUUAAACAAAUCCAGUAUUAUAAACUCAAACAAAUCCAGUAUUAUAAACUUAAACAAAUCCAGUAUUAUAAACUCAAACAAAUCCAGUAUUAUAAACUUAAACAAAUCCAGUAUUAUAAACUCAAACAAAUCCAGUAUUAUAAACUUAAACAAAUCCAGUAUUAUAAACUCAAACAAAUCCAGUAUUAUAAACUUAAACAAAUCCAGUAUUAUAAACUCAAACAAAUCCAGUAUUAUAAACUUAAACAAAUCCAGUAUUAUAAACUCAAACAAAUCCAGUAUUAUAAACUUAAACAAAUCCAGUAUUAUAAACUCAAACAAAUCCAGUAUUAUAAACUUAAACAAAUCCAGUAUUAUAAACUCAAACAAAUCCAGUAUUAUAAACUUAAACAAAUCCAGUAUUAUAAACUCAAACAAAUCCAGUAUUAUAAACUUAAACAAAUCCAGUAUUAUAAACUCAAACAAAUCCAGUAUUAUAAACUUAAACAAAUCCAGUAUUAUAAACUCAAACAAAUCCAGUAUUAUAAACUUAAACAAAUCCAGUAUUAUAAACUCAAACAAAUCCAGUAUUAUAAACUUAAACAAAUCCAGUAUUAUAAACUUAAACAAAUCCAGUAUUAUAAACUUAAAUGAAUCAAGCAUAAUUAUCUUAAUAUACAUAUUAAUAACCAAAUAAAACCUAAUAAUAGCCUACAUAAUCUUAAGCUUCUCCUUUUUAAUAAUAAACUACUUAAAAACAAUAGUUAUCUUAGACUAAUAUAGAAUAAGUUUGUAAUUUACUUCUAGGUGAAAUCAAAUAAUAAAUUUCUAAAAAUUAAAAUUAAAAAAUAGAAAAUAAAGAUGCAAAAAAGCAAAUAAGAGAAAAUGACUCAAAAUAGUCUUAAAAUGAUGUAGAAAAUGCUUUUCAUUAAAUUAAUAAAAUUAUCCACAAUUUAAAAAAAAAUGUCUAGGAAAAACAAGUAUAAUAAAUAUAAGAAAUUAAUAAAUAAUAUGAAUUAAAAUUAGAAGACAAAGAUAAAUUAAUAGAUUAAUUAAAGAAAUAAUUAGAGGAUAAAUAAAGAGAUAUUGAAUAAUAAAUAAAAUCUAAUAAUGAAUUGGUUUAAGAAAGCAAGAAACUUUAAGAUUAAAUAAAUAAUCUUAAUUAUAAAUCUUAGGAAUAACAAACAUUGAUAUAACAAUAAGAAAAAAAGAUAUUAGAAUAAGAAACAUAGAUUUAACAAAAAGAAACAAAGAUUUAAGAAUAAUAGAACUUAAAUUAUUUAGUUAAUUAAGUGAUAAAGAUAAUAUAGAGCAGAAAGUAAGAUAAAUAAGAAUAAUAUUAAAAUAAUGAACAGUAGUAAUACCAAAAUAAUGAAGAAGAGACUCUCUUUUAAAAGCUUUAUGAAGAACUAAGCUAAUUUGAUAACAGAUAUUGA